UUUUCCUUGGCUCGUCUCGGCACAAACCACCGCGUCCCGGCGUUUCCCCCGCUCCGGGAGCGCCCCUCGCUGCCGGCGCUGCCCGGCCGGCCCUGGCUGCUCUCGCCGCGGUUUUCCUCAUUUCUCGCUGCUGCGGAGUCUCCCCGUGGUUCUUUAAGCUUUUUAAGAGCUCGCAGCAGAGAUGGGGCCCCGGCGGAAAACUGUGAAAGCAGUGAGCAGGGAAGGGGCAGAGUCUACCAAAGCUGAGGAGCCAAAAGAUUACAUGAACCAACUCUCUCAUGAAGUGCUUUGCCACAUCUUUAGGUACCUGCCCCUGCAGGACAUCAUGUGCAUGGAGUGCCUGUCGCGGAAGCUGAAGGAGGCGGUGACGCUGUACCUGCGCGUGGUCAAGGUGGUGGAUCUGUGUGCGGGGCGUUGGUGGGAGUACAUGCCCACAGGUUUCACUGAUUCCAGCUUCCUAACGCUGCUGAGGAAGAUGCCAGACAUUGAACAACUUUAUGGUCUUCAUCCCAGGUAUCUGGAAAGGCGCCGAGUCCGUGGCCAUGAAGCUUUCAGCAUUCCUGGAGUUUUAGAGGCUUUGCAGGCCUGUCCAAAUUUGCUGGGUGUUGAGACCUCUCAUUUAGAGCUGGUGGAAGCUAUUUGGACAUACAUGCCCCAGGUCCACAUUUUAGGGAAGUUUCGUAAUCGUAAUGGUGCUUUUCCAAUUCCUCCUGAGAACAAGCUGAAAAUUCCUAUAGGAGCUAAAAUUCAGACUUUGCACUUAGUAGGGGUGAAUGUCCCUGAGAUUCCUUGUAUCCCAAUGCUGAGGCACCUUUAUUUGAAGUGGGUGAGACUCACCAAACCACAGCCUUUUAAAGAUUUCCUUUGUAUCAGCUUACGUGCUUUUGUCAUGAGGAACUGUGCUGGACCCACAAACUCUCUGAAGUAUGUUCCCCUGGUGACAGGCCUGGCUUCUGCCAGGAAUCUGGAGCACUUGGAGCUGGUCCGUGUUCCAUUUCUUGGAGGACUUAUCCAGCACGUGGUAGAAGACAGUUGGAGAUCUGGUGGUUUUAGGAAUUUGCACACUAUAGUUCUGGGAGCUUGCAAGAAUGCACUUGAAGUGGAUCUUGGCUACCUCAUCAUAACUGCUGCACGAAGGUUGCACGAAGUGCGGAUCCAGCCUUCCUUGACCAAAGAUGGUGUUUUUUCUGCUUUGAAGAUGGCUGAACUGGAAUUCCCACAGUUUGAAACUCUUCACCUAGGCUACGUUGAUGAGUUUUUACUACAGUGUAAAAUGACGAGUACGGACUUGGUGAGGUACGGCUUGGCUGAUGUGGUUGAAAACCCAGGAAUUAUUACAGAUAUUGGUAUGAAAGCUGUAAAUGAAGUUUUUUCUUUCAUCAAGUAUCUGGUCAUUUACAACUGCCCACAUCUACAUAACCCAAAUAAUUGGAUCACAGACCACUCGAGGUGGACCCGCCUGGUUGACCUGACCCUGGUGAGGUGCCAUGCCAUCAAGCUGGACUCUUUCAGUCAGUUCAUCGAGUUACUGCCAAGCUUGGAGUUCAUUUCUCUGGACCAGAUGUUUAGAGAGCCUCCAAAGGGCUGUGCUCGUGUGGGCCUAAGUGCAGGCACAGGAAUUGGGGUCUCCUCUGCCCUGGUGAGCAAUCAGAACUCCAACAAUGACAAUGACAACAACAACAACCACCAGAACAAUAACAACAACCCCAACAUGCACCACAACAACCACCAGCACCCCAACGAGCAGAACGAGGAGAACGAGCUGCGCCAGGAGGGCCCCGCUGAGGAGCAGCAGAUUGGGGCUGAGGCCCUGAAUGAGAUGGAGGAGGUGGCACAGGAGGAAGGGGAGGCUGCUGGGCAGGGCCAGGACGAGCUGCCAGCUCCCAGCCAGGCUGUUGUUCCCAUGGAGGUGGAUGAGGAGCAAGCAGGACCAAGUGGAAUUCAACCUGCUGUAAAAGCAGCUCCUAUUACCAUCCACGAUUCAGACAGUGAGGAUGAGGAGGAAAUCAUGGGUACUUCCAGAGCCUGCAUCUCCAACAGCAUUGCACAGAGUUACUCAGAUGGGGAAGAGAAGAGCAGGGAUCCAGUGGAAACCAGGGAACCUUCAGUGAGCGGCAAAGGCAAGACCCCCCUGCGGAAGAGAUGCAGCACCAGCCACGGGGGCCAGGCCAAGCAGUUCCCCGUGGAGGAGAGCAGCUGUGAGAAGGGCUGCCAGGUGACCAGUGAGCAGAUCAAAGCUGACAUGAAAGCAGCCAGUGACAUGCCCGAGAGGAGCAAGAGCAAGGAUUCCUACAGCAGCUGCAGCAACGCCCCGGCGUCCACGGCAACACCCAGCUCCUGCAGUGCUGCUUCCCCCAGCCCUGACUGUGCCCAGGCAGCCCAGAGCCACUCUGCUGGCAGCAGCCCAGCAGCUGGAGAGGAGUGCAGGCAGGGUGGCUGCUCUCCCUGCAGGAGGGAUGGGUGCAGUGAGAGGGAGCCCGAGGAGAGCUCCGUGUGCUCCCGCUGCUGCUCCCGGGCACAGCAGCGCAGGACGAGCGGGGGGUGGGAUGGGGAGAGCCCCUCCACCAGUGGGGCCUGCAGGGACGGGCCAGACUUUGCACUUAGGACACUGCCAGACUGUGGGGCUGCAGGAGAGCCUGGGCAUGACAGGACUAGUGGGAGUGCCUGUGGGGCUGGCAGCCAGGAGCAGAGCACGCAGCCCCCGGGCUGGCAGCUGGACUGCAAGGAGGAGUACCCACGGAGACCCCUGACCAGGGCCAGGAGCAGGCUGUCCCACGUGCCUCUGGUGUCAGAGCCAGAAGUAGCAAAGCCAAAGCCAAGGCAAACCACCAAGAGGAAAAGGACAGCUGACAAAUCCACCAGCACCAGUGACCCUGUGAUUGAGGAUGAUCAUGUUCAGGUACUGACUUUGAAAUCCAAAAACCUUGUAGGAAUCACAUUGACCAACUGUGGAAUAACAGAUUUGGUGCUGAAAGACUGCCCCAAAAUGAUGUUCAUCCAUGCCACCAGGUGCCGUGUGCUGAAGCACCUGAAGGUGGAAAAUGCCCCCGUGGUGAAUCGCUUUGACUACGCCCAGUGCAAGAAGCUGAACAUGGAUCAGGUGCUGGAUCAGAUCCUCAGGAUGCCCCCAGAGAGGAACAGGAUCAUCUACCUUCGUCCCAUGCAGCAGGUGGACACGCUGACUCUGGAGCAGAAAAUCUUCAGUGGCCCCUACCCCUACCACAUCUGCAUCAUCCACGAGUUCAGCAACCCCCCCAACGUCCGCAACAAGGUGCGGGUGAGGAGCUGGAUGGACACCAUAGCCAACAUCAACCAAGAGCUGAUUAAAUACGAGUUCUUCCCUGAGGCCACCAGGACUGAGGAGGACCUGAAGAAAUACCCCAAGUACCCCUGGGGCAGGGACAUCUACACCCUGGAAGGCAUUGUGGAUGGUGCUCCUUACUCCAUGAUCACUGACUUCCCCUGGCUGAGGUCCCUGAGGACAGCAGAGCCCAACAGCUACGCCAGAUACGACUUUGAGGAUGAUGAGAGGACCACCAUCUACGCCCCGAGGAGGAAGGGGCAGCUCUCAGCUGACAUCUGCAUGGAGACCAUUGGCGAGGAGAUCUCGGAGCUGCGCCAGGUCAGGAGGGGCGUGUUCCAGAGGGUCGUGGCCAUCUUCAUCCACUACUGCGACGUCAACGGGGAGCCCGUGGAGGAUGACUACAUCUGAGGGGUGUCCCCAGGCUGCCCUCCCUCCCCCUGGCACUGCUGGCCAAGAAAAAGCAGGAUUUUUUUUUUCCCAAAUGCAAAGCAUUUCCCACCGAGGCACCCUCGGCUCUCCCUGUGGCCAGGAGGAUGUAGUUAAAUGUAAAGUGGAAAGUACAAAUUGUAUACUAAGAGUUGUACAUAGAGGAAACAAAAAAAACAAAAACAAAACUUCCUAAUACUGAGACUUUAUUUCAUAUGUUUAUACAAUUAUUUAAGUUCCAUUUUAAUGAAGGCCAAUAAUUAGGAAAGGGAAAGAAGAUUUGAACUUUUCAACCCAUACAAUCAUGGCAGUAUUUUUUUUCCUUAUAAAGAACAAUUCCAUUUGCUGUGUUCAAAAGAGUCAUCAGAGUCUCUUUUAAUCUGUGCCUUUUUCUUAAGCAUUUAAGAGUCCAGUCUGAGUAAACCUGUCGAGCACAA